AGACGAUAUUUUGUAAUCAUCAGAUCAACAAAUCCAACUUUUUCUCCACACAAACAAACCAAUUAGAUCAAACCAUCAACACCCAGAUACAGAAUUGAAUCAUUCAACCCCACUGUUCAAAAUUUUUGUUCAAUCUUCUUUCUUUUGAGAAGAAUGUUGGUGGGUCAUUGUCAAUCACGCUUAAGCGCGCUUUGAAUUAGGGAAGUUCUCGUUUUCCAUCCUCCAAUGGCGGCUGAUCCUCCAACAGUACAAACCGCUUUUCACGAAGAACCCCAUUGACCUCCUCCGCUUGAAAAUCCCACCGUUUUUCGUUUCAUCCUCUGAUUUCUGUUCUUCUUCGUACCCAUUUUCACCGACCCACGACUCAUGUUUGUGAACAGCGUUCUUCAAUUAUUUGUCUCUGUCUUCCCUUUUUUCCCUCAAUCACUUUGCCCUUUUCGUUGAUUGUCUUAUUUUCUUCGUUUUACUCGAGUUUUCGGUUCCCUUUGUUCGAUUGGAUGAGCUUGAGCCGAAUGUUGGAGUUUUGAAGGACUGGAAGCAAACUAACUGGUAAUAAUCGCAGCACAUCUAUGGACAUUGACUUGCAAAGAAUCUUGGAAGAGUUUCCUCAAUCGACUGCUCAUGUCAUCAUGAACAGCAACCAACGAGUCGACGAACAUAGUCCAAUUCAGCUGCCAUCUUGUGCAUUUUGCCAAAGAGUCCUAGUACCUGACAAUGAUGCCACUGGUGAACCUGAAGCCAUUGAUGUAUGUGGCGAUUGUAAAUUUUUGUUACUUGAAGAUGUUGAAACCCCUGUACGGGAUUCAUAUCACAGGACGACGUCCAGAGGAAGAAGAACUAGGUAUGGUAGUGUAGAGUCUGCUGAAAAUCUUUUUUCACAGGAAUUCACCCAUAUGAUUAACUUGGUGAGGCAAAGGCAAUCUAGCAUCUCCAGCCAUGGGGAUCGAUAUGCAGAUGGUUCGAAUGCUGCUGAUUUCAUGCAGCACUCGAGUUCCCAUACAACCCCUAAUCAAUCUAGAAGAUGGCGGCAAGUGUACUCUGAUUCUGAAAAUGAUGGUUUAGAUAGUUUUGACUCUAUGUUUGGGGAAAGUGAAUCAAAUUUCAGUUUUGGGCCUUAUAGACAUUCUUAUGGUGAUAGUGAUGCUGUUUCCUAUAGAACUUAUGGGGGUGAUUCUGAUGCUUCCUUGGAUGGACAUAGUUUCUUGGAUACAGACAUUUUUGUUCUGCCAGGUGAGGGAUCUGAUGUCGAUACUGAUACAGACAUUGAUCCCAUGCGUGCUGGUGUUGGCCAUUGGGACUCAAGUGACGAGGAGGAUGAUCAUGGUGAAUUCACAGAAGCGGACACAGAGCAAGAAGUAGAAUCUUCUGAAGCUAGACCUCAACUUCAAAAUUUUCAUGUUUCUAGUGCUCCUGGGAGAGGUAUUUCGAGCAAUUGGAAUGAACAGUUUUCUUCACCUGAAUAUGAGGGUUCAGCUCCUGGGCAAAUCAGGAGGAACAGGCGAUUUUAUUCGAUCACCAACUAUGCACAAUCAGAGUUACUAUCUUAUAUUGGGGAUUCUGGUGAAUAUCUUGACAGACAGGUUUUCGAAGAACUGCUCGAGCAAAUUGCCGAGACUACCAGCUCAAGACGGGGAGCACCUCCUGCAGCCAUUUCUAUUGUGAAAAAUCUCCCACGUUUGGUGAUUUCUAAAGAACACUUGAAGCAUGACACUAUAUCCUGUGCAAUUUGCAAGGAUUUCUUACUUGUAGGCGUUGAAGUGAAUCAACUGCCUUGCCUUCAUCUGUACCACCCUUCCUGCAUCUUGCCGUGGUUGAGUGCCCGGAACUCAUGUCCCCUUUGUCGUUAUGAACUUCCAACCGAUGAUCGGGAUUAUGAAGAGGUAAAGCGAAGUAGUAUCAAUACUGCAGAGAUUCAUGGACUUCAGCCUCGAGUAGUUUCACUCGAAAAUCCCCGUGACUUGAAUGUUGGAGCAAGUCCAGCGUUUGAAACUAGCCAAGGAGAGGAUCAGACGAACAUAGACUCUGCAGUUAAUAAUAGUAACAAUUCAGGCAGAGGAGGUAGACGACGCUGGCUGUUUGUCGCUGCUCCGAUAGUUGGUCUUGUAGGUAUAGCCCUGAUGUUAUGGUUUGGCAAUCCUUUAUGUGAUCAAAGAGUUUCGGGAGGUCAAUUUACAGACAGAAGGCAGCUCAAUGCUCGCAUUGCAGAUUCGUCAAACCAAAGAGAGAACAGAACUAGGAGAUGGUGGUAAAUCGCCUAGCAAUCGCCAGGUUUAGUUCAAAAAGUCGAUCUAACAUGAGUUUUCUUGUUUUGUUGAUUUUCCAGGAUUGAAAUCUAAGGUUUUCAGCAUGUAGUUCAGUAAAUUUCAGUUUUCCCAAGUCUUGAAGUGGAAAGAGUUGAUUUAAACCCACAAAACAACUUGUGGCUUGCUUGUGGGCACAAUGGGGCAGUAAUAAACAGGCCAAUUGGUUUGAUUGUGAAUGUAUAUACUUCCUACAAUUUGUGUAAAUAGAACUAUAUAUUUGAAUCAAAUAGAUUUGCUAUAUGAUCAUCAUCAUAAGGAUGUAUUGUUAAGAAAUAUUUUAAUAAACUUAUUAAAAUAUAAAAGGUGGCAA